CCUCCUUAUAGUAUCCACGCCCUCUAGCCUCCCUAUAAUCUGUCCUUUAUAUAGACUAGUGCCGCAGUGUCCCACCGUCCGCACUGCCGUCACGUACGUCCACCUCCUUCCGCUUGACGCCUUCCGUGGAAAUCUUGAACCAGGUGCCAUGCGCGUGGGAAGUAUUAGGGCAGCGAUGCAAGAAGGCGAGAAGCAAACUGUCAGCAAACCUGCUUGGCAACUGUGUCCGAGGGGCUGGCCAAGGUCUCCCGGCUACCCGCUUGCCAGUCGGUAUCCUCCAGUUGUGAGUUGCGGGUUGAGUACUACGAUCGGAACCGCCAAGACGGAGCAGCAGCAACAGCAGCAGCAGGACGCUGCCCCCAGCUUACCUACAGCUUCGGAGUGUUCCUCGCCACCCGGCUCUCUCACACCCACUGGCUACCAAACUUCAGCUCCAAGCUCACGUGAAGGGUCUCCGACUCCAAAAAGGAAAGUGCGCCGGGCCCCUACAGGGAAAGUGUCUAGUAGUGGCAUGAUAGAGGUUGUGCCAGGCGAGACAGCGCAGGGCACCGCGAUGUGGCGAUCUAGACCUGACCCUUCUAAAGACUCAGCUGUCCCUCCUUGGGCUGAUCCGAAUGCACAGGCCCCUCCGCCCCCAUCACAGCUAUAUAACCCUCUCUCGCCUACAUCUCAAAGGCGGCAAAUGAAGCUUUCUGCACCCACGUCGUCAGCCGUGGAGGCCAAUCCUUCUCCAAAGCAUUUCAACCGGCCGGCGCCAGGUGCUAGUCCCGUCAUGGCCCGGAGAUCACUUUCCCGAAACGGUGGUCCGCACAGGGCUCGUUCCGUGGACUCCAUUGCUCGGACACCUCCCUGGGCUGACCACAAGCUGCGCCACACCCCAAGGACUGAGUCACCUCUUAGUGCCUCGACUAAAGCCAAGGCAACGUCUUCCACGUCUCUUGAGAAAGCUCAAGAACUUACUGUUGUUUCCGCUUCUUCUGAGAGCCACGUCACAAUGCGAGAGCAGCAGUCCACGGUGGAGUUGAGUGUCGAGUGUCCUGUGCCGGGUGUCGGCUCUCAUGGAGUCGUUAAUGGAACCCAGCAGCUGCCUUCCCCAUUGGUCAGCCCCACUCCCGCUGCCGAAAGCCAGCCCGCCCCUGGCAAACUGUCGCAGGAACAGAGUUCCCCCACUCCUUGGCGUAAGCAGAGGGCAGCGGGUGCCAACGUCACCCCCGCACACCAGCAACAACCCGCACCUCCACCAGCUGCCAGUGCUGCCCCUGACAGUGAACCUACCGCUGCUAGUGCCCUUACAACCCCAGCCUCGCAGCAGGCACCCUGGAGAAAAGCAAGAGGGGAAGCUGCCCAAUCAUCGGUGACUUCCUCUUCCUCUGACAAGGCAACUGCCACAGCGGUGGAAACUUUCAAACAGGAGGGGACAGGCACAGGCUCACAGCCAAGCUGGCGAAAACAGAAAACAAAAUCUCGACCAGCAGACACAUCUAAAGUAGCUACUACUUCUGCACAAUCCCAAGAGUCAUCUUCAGUUGGUAUUACCACCUCACAAUCUGAUCUCCCUGCUGCCGCCACACUUGAUGGUAGCGCUUCCAAGGCGGCUCUUCAUCAAGUUUCAGUCACAUCUACUGCCGCUUCUUCAGCGUCUACUCAUGCAGCAAGCAAAUAUCCUCAACAAGUACCAUUUGUGGGCCAAACUGCAGUAGCUACGUCUGUUGUUACGUCAACUGUCUCUUCCCACCAAUCAGCUACUCAAGCAACACAUUCUGUUAAUGUGGUAAGCACUAAGAAAUCUAUCGUCUCAGCGAGUACUUCCUCCUCUGUUGUUACUUCUAAAGGCGAACGAAACGCCACUUCCCAGGCAGACAUUUCACGAAUAUCGGCCAGUUCGAACACAGUCUCCACACCGCCCUGCACCACUGCCACUGACCUCACUCCUACCAAAGGGCCUGGAAUUGACCUCCCGGCAGGACCUCCCGACCCUCCUCAAAGAAGCGACUCAAGCGGAGCGUCUGUCAAGAACAAACGCGACUUUCCUUCCUCACCUGUUCCUCCUCCGACUCCACCAUCCUCCCCUGCUGCAGCUGCACCCAGACACACUGCGGCAGGGCACGCGAGUGACACUCAAGUAAAUAAGCCUGGUAUUGUCCCUGGCACUUCACAAGCACCGUUAUCACCUAGAGAACUUGCUGGUGCACCACCCCAGUCCACGCCAAGGCCGGGCAGGGACAGUUUCUCGCCCACGCCCACCAUGCCCAUCCCGACGCCACCUCCUGAGCCCAGUGCCAACCUGGUGAAGGUUGGCGGAGUGAUGCAAUCACCCCAAACAGUGCCUGGGGAUAAGACCAGCGAGACAACACUCCAAACAGAUCAUACUGCAGCAAUGAAAGAUCCCGGUUCUCUGCCGCCGCCACCGCCACCGGUUACUGACAUGUCUUUGGAGAGCAUCGAGGCGAACCCAACCUUCCCGCCACCUCCCGCCUCCAUACAGGAGGAGAAAAUGAGAGGACCUCCGCCACCAAUGCGAGAACUGCCGAAUGAAGAAUUAGGUCUUGAGGAAGAGGGAUACGUGCGAGAAUCUGUAACAAAACGCAUCAAAGCCUUCGAGAAGCAAGCGUCAGAAGAGGAGCAGCCUGCCCUUGAACGACGCCAGCCUGUCGCCCGCCCUGUGGCCCCCUGGGUGAAGAAAACGUCCGCCGGGCCCGUCCAGCACGAUACCUACUGGGACAUGACAUCCCCCGAGGAGCGCACUGAUGGCGUGCCUGUCCCACCUCCCGUCCAGGCCACGGUCCCAACACCAGCCCAAGCCCCGGCUCCCGCUCUUGCCCCGCCGCCGCCUCCGCCACCGGCUCAGCCACCGGCUCAAACGAAACUCGAGCGAACGAUGUCCCCCACGAGGCCUGCACAGACCAAGGCCCCCGUCUCUGCCUCCCCUCCCGGGCCAACAGUCCGGUUCAGCCCCUGUCCUCCAAAGAGUCAGCCCGGUGGUGUUGUCAAGAGCCUCUCCAGUAGCCGGCCCCGCGUUGUGCCACAGCGUCAGAGAUCCGUGUCUACCGGGGACUACAUCGCUAAUUACAUCAUCCCAGACGAUCUCUGCAGGAUGCCAGCUGAAGGAUCUGUGGCCGUGGUAACAGAGCCAAUCAUGCCUCCAUCCCCGGCGAAGGAAGAACCUCUGUUUGACCCCUGGUGUGACCCAGAGAAUCCUCGCACAGUCACCUUUCAGGAUGUUAGUGCAGCAGCCUUCAAGAUUAAGUCUGGCAUUAUGAAUACCCCUUGCACUCGCUCCCAUCUUUCCAACGUCACUGACAUGGAAAUAUUCUUCAAGAAGGAGUUCAACCAGUGCACUGGCAGCUUCAAGGAACGCGGUGCACGUUACACACUCCUCAUGCUCACCCCAGAACAACAGAAAAAGGGUGUCAUUGCUGCAUCAGCUGGCAAUCAUGCACUGGCCCUCUCCUACCAUGGGCAGGACCUUGGCAUUCCUGUCACUGUGGUGAUGCCCCUGGUGGCACCUAUCAUGAAGGUGCAGGCAUGUCGGCAACACGGGGCCAAUGUCAUUGUGAGGGGGAAAGACAUUGGGGAAUGUAGGGAAUAUGCUCUCAAAGUCUCCAAGGACCAGGAUCUUCUCUACAUCAAUGGAUAUGACCACCCUCACAUCAUCGCGGGCCAGGGCACAAUGGGUCUGGAGAUAGUUGAGCAAGUGCCCAACAUUGAUGCAGUGGUCAUCCCAGUGGGUGGCGGUGGCCUCAUAGCAGGUGUGGCCUUGGCUGUGAAGGCACUCUAUCCACACAUCAAAGUCAUUGGUGUGGAAUCUGAGCGGUGUGCAAGCUUUAGUGGUGCCAUGAAGGCAGGGAAGCCUGUGUAUAUCAGGGCAGAAUCCACUCUGGCAGAUGGUCUGGCCGUCCCAAAGGUUGGCGUCAAUGCCUUUGCCACAGCGUGUCAUCUUGUUGAUAAGGUGGUGACAGUGAAAGAGGAGUGGAUUGCUAUUUCCAUCUUGCGUUUGGUAGAGGGUGAGAAGGCAGUGGUGGAGGGAGCUGGAGCCACAGCCCUUGCUGCCAUCCUUGCUGGGGAACUUCAGGAACUAAAAGGCAAAAGGGUUGUCAUCCCACUGUGUGGAGGCAACAUUGACACCACUGUGCUGGGUCGGUGUCUGGAGCGUGGUCUGGCGGCUGAUGGACGAUUGGUCAAAUUUACUGUGACAGUUAGUGACCGACCUGGAGGUAUUGCUGAGCUGACACGAUUGCUGGCCAACCUUGGUGUUUCCAUCAAGGACAUGGUACAUGAGCGUGCAUGGAUCAGGAGUGACAUCUUCAGUGUAGAGGUGAAGGUGCUGUGUGAAACCAGAGAUAAGGAACACUCGGAGGAGCUGCGCAACGCUCUCCUACAGCGCUACAAGAUACUCCGCUUCGGCAGUCAGUCUCCUCCCGGGGCAAUGGGUGAAGGUAAUGGCCGAGACCAGGGACUAUGAACAUUGGCUGGAACUGAAGUCUGCACUUGAACAGCGAUACAAAAGACUGCGCUUCGCUCUGCCCGAUCUGGUGCAUGAUACCGCGCCCUCCUACCCUUAGUCAGUCCAUUGCACUGCCGCAUCAUUUGUAUUUGUAGUGUGCCUCCAAGACUGCAACCUUCGAGUUGUGACGGACUGUCUUUCCCUUGGUGGAUUCACGGAUGAAUUGAAUAUUGUUAUUAGAUUAUGUAUUUUCACCAUGCGCUGUUAGGCGAUAGAUAGGUUUAGCUCAUAGUGAAGAACAGCGAGGCUUGGGAGUGUGUGCAGAGGCUGGUCCACCACACUACAAAGUCUGCUCUCAUUUGCCUCGUGAACUACGUACAUUGUCAAUAGUGUCUUUUUAGCUUCUUACCUCAUCACAUGCUGAGCUUGAGACAAUCACUUACUGCAGCAAUAAUUCUGUGCUAUGCUGACGCGUUAAUGAUAACUUUAAAGCAUCAUUUUAUUUUCCUUAGCACUACUGUAUCUUCAUGAGAUGUGCUCGUGUGGGAGCGAAAGCUGAGACAUGAUAGGGGCGGCUGUGUGGGAAGGGGAUUUAGGGAAGAAAUGAGGGAAAAUUAAAGGUGGGCGGCCACUGAAUAAAGUGUAGCCAAAUGGCACACCUAGAGUAGUGAGGGAAGGCAGGUGUGCUGGGCAAUGAGGACACGCGCUUUUGUUGCUAGGGAUUAGUAUAUUUUAAUGUAUAUAUCAAAUUUAUAAUUAUAAUCAUGAAUUGUAACGAGUUUCUUUGCUGCAAGAUGUACAUACGAGAUGGAAUAUAAAUAUUUUCGUAAUUAUAUAUGGAAAAUCCCAAAUCAUGACGUGUUGCCCCGCCGACAGUCACGCUGAGGCUGGUGAGUCACGUUGGCAUCUUUUCUUGCACCCAGUUUGCAUUGAAAUGUAGUGGAAAGUCGUUUACCAAGAACUCCAUGGUUAGAAAAGAAACUGGGCCAGAAGUUAAGGUUUAAUUAUCUUGCCUUCGGUCAGAACGAAGUAAGAAGCAGCAGAGGCGGAGGCGAAGAGGGCGGGGAGUGAGCAGAUAGGUAGGUACGCUGAGGGCUGGCAGCGCAAAUCAGCUGGAUUGAGGAGACCGGGGUGGAAAGUGAGAGGGUGAGGCUGUGAGGGAUGUACUUAAGUCAUUCGCACUGCUGCUUUCCUGACUUGUCCCAUCACGAUGGCAAUGUUAUGUAAUUAGGUUUCCAUUGGUCGUAUUCUAUUUUCUUGUAGUAUUUUGAAUAAAGUCUCAUUCCA